GGCCGUUGGCGUGUGCAGCUGCGGCGGCAGAGCGGCGCGGUAGGACCGAGCGUCCCCGACGGGCGGCGGCCGCGGGGCGAGGCUCCUGCGGCGCGCUCCGCCCGGUGGCCUCCCAGCGGGCCUGCGCCCCGGUGCGGCCGCCCGCGGUGGCCGAGGGCCCGGUUCCCGGCGCGGAGCGCCUCCCCGCGGGCCUCUUUGCGACCCGCUUUUCAGCUUCUGCCUUUGCCCUCGUUUUCUCCGUGUCUGCUCGUCUUCCAACUUGGACAACUCACUGGUCCCGAAAGCCAGUCGGAGAUAAACACGUUUUGAAGUCAGCUGCAGAAGUGCAAGGGAGGCGAUGCAGAAGCCAGGGUGUCCUGCGAGCGUCCAGUUGAGAAACAGAGGGGCAGGUAAGUGUGAUCAGAAGACAUCUACAGGCCCACAGGUGAAACAGAGGGCUGCCGUGCAGUGGAGCAGAUCUGCUUCUUUGCCCAGUUCUCCAGAGUCUGUAAGAAAACUCCAUCCUCGACCAAGUGAUAAACUGAACCCUAAGACAAUUAACCCUUUCGGUGAACAGUCACGAGUUCCUUCUGCAUUUGCUGCUAUUUAUUCUAAAGGAGGUAUUCCUUGCAGGUUGGUGCACGGCUCAGUAAAGCACAGAUUACAGUGGGACUGUCCUCCUGAAAAUCUCCCAUUUGAUCCUCUUCUUAUUACUUUAGCUGAGGGUCUGAGAGAGACGAAACAUCCGUAUACCUUCGUGUCCAAGGAGGGCUUUAGAGAAUUGCUUCUGGUCAGAGGUGCUCCUGAGAAGACUAUACCUUUGCUUCCUAGACUGGUUCCUGUGCUGAGGGCCGCUCUGGUUCAUUCGGAUGACGAAGUGUUUGAAAGAGGAUUGAGUGCUUUGGUACAGUUGAGUGUUGUCGUUGGGUCUUCUCUAAAUGACCACCUGAAACAUCUGCUUACAAGUCUCGCCAAGAGACUGAUGGACAAGAAGUUCAAGGAGCCGAUCACCAGCGCGCUGCAGAAGCUGGAGCAACACGGUGGGAGUGGAAGCCUUAUCAUCAUCAAAUCCAAAAUCCCAACGUACUGCUCUGUAUGCUGUUGAAUGCAGGCGCCGAGAAGGUCAUCAUCUUGCUGCUAGGAGUCCGUGCUGGCUGUGGGUACUCAGCAGACCCUUACUCAGUUCAGUUUGUUUAUUUUUGUACAUCACGGCCGCCAUUCAGUACUUGUAUGCUGGAAGUUAAGACAAAUCUAUAGAGUCCUGCUGAAUUAGAGCAGAAUUUAUUCAUCAACAAAAAAGAAUGAGUAAUAAUGAGAAGCAAUUAAAAGUUUCUAUGAUUACUUACGUUGAGGACCAUUAUUGAGUUUACAAAUCAGAUGUGCCUUUUUAUUUAUAAAAUUUGUUUUGUAAUCAUCUUACAGCUGUGCACGUAUUUUUGUAGAUUUCUGGGAGGAGUCAUUUCUUGGGUUUUGUAUUUAUCAAGGCUGGGAAGUUUAAAUAGUGGAAAACAUUUGCAAAUUCUCUAAUAUUAUUUGUAAAUAUGUAUUUUAUAAUGUAGACUGUGUGGAAAAACUUUAUUUCCAGAUUAUUCUAGUUUUAAGAAUGUUUAAAAAAUACGUAAAUUCUAUUACAAGUGUGUUGUUUAUUACAACUUACUAAAACUACCUAAAUUUUAGGUGUUAUAUUUAAGUCAAUGUUAUUUUUGCAUUUUGUAGACUUCAA